AGGAGCAGCAGGAGGAGGAAGAGGGGAGGAGGAGGAGGAGGAGCAGAGCGGCCGAGGUCCGUGUGGGGAGGAUGUCGGCGUCGGGGGUCCCGGGCUGGUCCCGGCAGAAGGUGGAGGCGGAGCUGGAGCGCUGCCGGGCCCGCUGCCACUGGGGCCCCGUGCCCACCCUCGUCCUCCAGCUGCAGACCCUCGCCUUCGCCGCCCCCGCCGCCGGACACACCGAUGACUUUGGGAAGCUGCUGCUGGCGGAGGCCCUCCUGGAGCAGAGCCUGAAAGAGAACAUCGCCCAAAUCAAAGACGCCGUCCCCCUCCUGGAGAAGAGCGAGUCGAAAUUGGGCGAAGCCAAGAAGUACCUGACGGGGAUCCUCACCAGGGGACGGCUGCCGCCCAAGUACACGCGCGAGGCCAUGCUGAUCCUGGGGAAGCUGCACUUCGCCGAGGGCUCCUACCGGGAGGCGGUCAGCAUGUACGCCCGCGCGGGCAUCGACGCCAUGACCGUGGAGAACAAGCCCCUGUACCAGCUGCGCCUGGUGGCGGAAGCCUUCGUCAUCAAAGGCCUGUCCCUGGAGCGCUCACCCAACUCCAUCGCCUCCCACACGCGGCUCACGGAGCGGCAGGAGGAGGUGACGGCCUGCUUCGAGAGGGCGUCCUGGAUCGCCCACGUCUACCUGCAGGAGCUGGAGAAGGCGGCAAACGGCACCAACGCCAGGCACGUGAAGGGCAGCAGCGGUGGCGCCGCUCCGGACUUUGAGCUCACCUUCUUCCUGGAAGCCGCGCUGCAGAGCGCCUACGUGGCCAACCUGAAGAAGGGGAACAUCGUGAAGGGCCUGAGGGAGCUGAGAGAAGUCCUGCGGACCGUGGAAACCAAAGCCACCCAGAACUUCAAAAUGACGGCGGCCAAGCAGUUGGCGGGCGUCCUCCUGCACUCCCUGAGCGAGGACUGCUACUGGAGCCCCCUGUCGCUCCCGCUGCCCGACUUCGUCACCAAAGAGGAGACUGGCUUCGUCACCCAAGCGCUCCGCAAGCCCCACCUCUACACCGGAGACAACCUCUACUGCCCCCAGGACAACAUCGAAGAGGCCCUGCUGCUUCUCCUCAUCAGCGAGUCCAUGGCCAACCGAGACGCGGUGUUGAGCCGAGCGCCGGACCAGAAGGAGGACCGUGCUGUGAGCCUGCGGGACGCCUCGGCCGUCUACGACCUCCUGAGCAUCACGCUGGGCCGGAGAGGGCAGUACGUCAUGCUGUCAGAGUGCCUGGAGCGAGCCAUGAAGUUUGCGUGUGAGGAGUUUCACCUCUGGUACCAGCUGGCCCUCUCCAUGGUGGCCUGUGGCAAGUGCGCCUACGCCGUGUCCAUCCUGCGGGAGUGCGCCAAGCUGCGCCCCGAAGACCCCACGGUUCCCCUCCUGGCGGCCAAGGUCUGCAUCGAGCCGCUGCACUGGCUGGAGGAGGCCGAGCGCUUUGCCCAGACGGUGGUGGACAUGGGCGAUGCCGCCGGGGAGUUCCUCGCCAAGGGCUACCUGGCCCUGGGCCUCACCUACAGCCUGCAGGCCACCGACGCCACGCUCAAGGGGACGCAGGACCAACUGCACAAGAAAGCCCUCGAGACGCUGGAGAGAGCCCGGCAGUUGGCCCCCGAGGACCACCAAGUCAUCCUCUACAUGUCUCUGCAGCUGGCUCUCGUCAGACAGAUUCCCGAAGCCACGGAGUGCCUGCAGCAGGCCCUCAAAGUCUGCAGAGAUGACGCCAACUCCCUCCACCUCCUCGCCCUCCUGUUUUCGGCCCAGAAGCACUACCAGCACGCCUUGGACAUCAUCGACAUGGCCAUCGGCGAGUACCCUGAGAAUUUCAGCCUGCUGUUCACCAAGGUGAAGCUGGAGCAGGUGGUCUGCGGCCCGGAAGAAGCCCUCGUCACCUGCCGUCACCUGCUGCGCACCUGGCAGGCCCUGCAUGGAGUCUCCCAGCUCGGCGACUCGGAGAAGGAGAGCAGCGUGGCGGAGGGCCCGCUGGUGAGGAAGCCCAGCGGGCUGCACCUGACCCUCCCCGAUGCCCACGACACCGACUCUGGCUCCCAGCGGGCAUCGUCCAUCGCCGCGUCCCGGCUGGAGCAGGCCAUGUCUGAGGUGACCAUGCGCAACUCCACGCUGAAGCAGGGGCCCGUGCAGUUGUGGACCACGCUGGAGCGGAUCUGGCUCCAGGCCGCGGAGCUGUUCAUGGCCCAGCGGCACCUCAAGGAAGCCGCCUCCUGCGUCCAGGAGGCGUCCAGCCUCUUCCCCACGUCGCACACCGUCCUGCACACGCGCGGGAAGCUGGCCGAGAUGAGGGGCCGCCUGGAAGAGGCCAAACAGCUGUACGACGAGGCGCUCACCAUCAACCCGGACGGCCAAGAGAUCAUGUCCAGCCUGGGGCUGAUCCUGAGCAGGCUGGGCCGGCAGUGCCUGGCGCAGAAGGUGCUGCGCGACGCCACCCGGGUGUGCAGCACCAGCCACGAGGCGUGGAACAGCCUGGGCCAGGUGCUGCAGGGCCAGGGCCACAGCCAGGCGGCCGCCGAGUGCUUCCUCACCGCCCUGGACCUCGAGGCCAGCAGCCCCGUCGUCCCCUUCACCACCAUCCCCCGCGAGCUCUGACCGCACCCCGUCCUCCCCCACCGCUUCGGAAACACAGCCCCGCGCUCCCUGCGA